AUGGGUGUUUAUUUGGCAGCGCUCUUUUCGUUAUUGGUCAUUGAAAUGUCCAUUCUGUUUGUUUUGGUACUUCCACUUCCACAGCGUAUGAGACGGUGGCUAUACCUACGGUACAGUAUCGCAAGUUCUAAUAAGAAAUUCAGAACUUAUAUGGUUGGAAUCAUGAUAUUCGUUGGUUUGUUGUUCAUUGAUUCAUGGAAGAGGUCACAGAUCAAAGUGUCUACAUACCGCGACCAGAAAAAUCCGUAUGUAAUAAACAGCGUCACCCCAGUGGACGCUCUGGCUUCAAGGGCAUACAACCAAAGGAAUGUUUACAUUUCAGGCUUCAUCAUCUACUUUUGUAUAUGUAUACUCACCGUGAUGAGUAUAUUGCGGAGAAUAGUAGAGUGGAAUGACAAAGUGAAGGCUGGAGAUGACAACCUGAAGGCAGAGUUAAGACGAAAGCAAGAAUAUUUAAAGGAGUUGCAGAAGAAGAAAUCUUAG